UUUGCCAAUUUGAAAUUUAUCUUUAAAACGGAAUUUUAAAACCGAUAAUAAAAAUCAUGUUAUUAUAAACAUUAAAAAAUGGGAUUUUUCGUCUGCUUGAUUUUUGUAUUAAAAUGUGUUACAGUGUCCGAUGCCAGCUCCAUCGACAACAACCCAGGAUCUGUCAGUAUACAUGAGAACUAUGAUGGAACACACAACAUGUGGGGCAUCUCGGCCACGUGCUAUGUACGAUACACUACCACAUACACGUGUAACACCAGACGAUAUUAUAGCUGUGGUUACGAUAACCAGAAUACAUGUUCUUAUUACGUGACAAAAACGUGUUAUAGGCAUUCGUACACCAAUGUCCCGUGUAACCAGUUCCAAAUAAGUUCAGACCCAUCAGGAAACUUUCAGAUGAGUGGUAACAUCGUUCAGAAGAAGACAUGUACAUCAUUUUACUGUGGUCCAACAUGCAACGCUGCCGGAUGUCUUAACAGUGGUGAAUCUCAUACUGUAGGUGUAACUGCUUAUAACACUGACUACGAAACAUACGUUUCGAUUUCUGGAUCGUUCACUGUCAACGUAUAUGCCGCCAAUCCGCCAACAUUUUACUACAAUUCGGGGAACACAAUUAGUGUAUCUCACGACACGGCUGGUAUAGGAACCGUCAUCAACACUCUUGUUCCGACUUAUAUAGAUAACGUUAACGAUUAUGAUAGGAUCUAUUACCGUCAGCACAGCGGCCCGGGGAAUUCAUACAAACAUGAAACACCGGAUCUGUUCUAUUUGGACACAUCUACCGGACAGGUGAAAGUCGGGAAAGAUUUGACUAUGGAAUUUUCUUACUUUUUCAAUAUGAGCUUAUGUGUUUAUGACAGAAGGCACAGAGAGGUUUGUCAUGAUCUCAGCAUUACAUUACGGGCGUGUUUUCAGACGCCGACAUGCUAUGACCAAUCCGAUAAUAACAUUAUUGAUACAUAUGGAACACGCACUGGUCACGGUGGAAGCAGUAACACGAUUUUCAACAUGAAAUAUCCACAACCAACGGAACAUUUCCCAGCAUUCAGUUCCGAAUGGCAUGACCUUACAUGGACUUUUGAUAGCAAUGAAUUUCCAGAAGCAGUCAUUAAUUCUGAUACAGGAGAAAUAUACAUCACCCGGAAUAUCAGCAUAUGGCCAUCAUGGCCAACACAAGAUUACAACCAGGUGGUACGGGUAAACAACUCAGAGUCCUGUUAUUCAACAACGUGUAAAUUUAAAGUUCGAAUCCACUACACUAAUUGGCCAAUAGAAAUUCUAAGUUUACCAGAGAGCUUUAACCUUCACGAGGAUUAUGAUUUGGAAAUCAAAAUACAUUCAUUGAUCACUUACGAUUAUAAUAAUCACGAGGAAGACAAUGUCACGUGUGAAAUGAUUGACUGGUUUCCUAAAGAGGAUGAUAUGUUUGAACUCAGGCAUGACGGAAAAUUUGACUUUGAUUCAUACAGCCUUUAUAAGUUGAGAUGUCAACAACCAGGCUGUGGUUACAAAUACCAACAACCAAGGGCUUAUUACUGUGAUACUGAUAUCGGUUGUUUGACUCACAAUCGGACUCAACAAUAUACCGUAACAAUACAGUGUUGGGACGCGUACAACUCAACCGACGUUGAAGUGUUUACAUUCAACAUUGAUAAGAAUCAAGUUCCAGUCUAUAGACAUUUGCCUACUCACAUUGAUCUUAAUCGACAGAACGUCUCAUAUCUGGACACAAUUUUCGAGAUAAUGUACUCAGACGCUGAAAACGAAAACUUGAUUUAUGAAUAUACAUACCAAGACGUUGAUACUAAUGUUGAUCCGAACUACUUUCUGGGAACAACUUGGGGAAACUAUUACAAUCAACUAGGCAAUAUAACCAUGACGACAUAUCUAUGGGAUAAGGAAGUCAACAAAACUUACAGGAUUCAUGUUUGUGGACACGAGAGGAGAAACGAGAUUUGUGAAGAUCUCACGGUCGACUUAGAAGAAUAUUGCAGUGCCACGCCUCAAUGUAAUGAUGCCACAUUUUCCACGGAUACCGAGGCUAGUGUAGGUGACGAAAUGUUUGACAUAUCAUCUCUGGUCUUCGGCGGUAUCUUUAACGACCUCAGUUACUCUAUAAAGUCAAACCCUUCCUCGUUAUUUGCACUUGAUUCUUUAACAGGAUCUGUGACAUUGGCAGAAAGAUUCGAUGAAAUAUUUGACUCGACCACGUAUUCGAUAAUUGCAUACGUUUACAACAGAGGAGCAUGCAGUUAUGCCCAGUGUCAACUUAGUGUUGUAGUUUCCGCCGUCAAUUACCCGGUUGUGAUAACAAAUUUGCCAGCGACUGUUCCUAUAUCAGAGGACACAACAACAACAAAAACAUUGUUUACAGUGGCUACAUCUGAUGAUAACCCUGCCGAUACAUACACAUGUGCAAUUGUGAACACAAUUUCAGUGGAACCUUUCUACCUUGAUAGAAUUCCACCUAUAUCUGGAGAUUAUGCAAUACUUAUCAGAGAGGACGGAGGGUUGUCGUCUGCUACAACAACAUAUUCCGUGUCAAUCGAGUGCACGGACAGUCAUAGCGGAAGUGAUACAGACGUCCUGACAAUUACUGUAACACUGAACGAAGCUCCGAUUUUCACAAGUUUUUCAACCGCUACGACAAACGCAAUUUCUGCAGAUCCCAUGAAUUAUAAGGUUGGUGACACACUAUAUACAGUGGCCGCUACAGACAAUGAAGGAGAUGAUCUUAUCUUUACAUGUACUAUAGCCAACUCGCAAGUACCUUAUGAAUGUGAAACAGAAGCAACAUCUGUAAAGUUAAAGAUAAAUCGGGACCUUAGAAUAGUUGAUGAUAAUGGUCAGACAUACAGUGUCCAAAUUUGCAUGAAAGACGCCAAACAUGCUGACCAAUGUGGAGAUCUAGAUGUCACGUUUACUCGAGUUAAAACUCACCCAGAAAUAACCAACUUACCAGAUUCAGCAUCGUUUCCAGAAGAUACCUCCGUCGGAACGGCUUUAUUCACGGCGGCGAUAUCAAACCCUGACGUCGGCGAAACUACUACUGUUACCGUCAGAGUUGACCCGAAUUCAGAAUUAUCUGUGUUCACCUUGGAUACGUCAAAUGGAAUUUUGUCUCUUGGCCAAUUUCUUGACUAUGAACGUGUCAACAGCUAUAUGUUCACGUUCUCCAUAAGAGAUGACCAUCUUGAUGGACUAGCGGAGAAAACUCUUAAAGUUGCCGUGACAAACGUCAAUGAAGGCAACUCUAUAAGUGCUACAACAACUACUAUAUCAUUUACAGAGGAUACGACAGCGGGUACCGAACUAUCGGAUCCUGGAUUGUCUUGCACUGAUAUAGAUGGUGACACAACACAAUAUGCCAUACAGAGUGGCCUUCAUAAUGACUACUUUAGUAUUGACAGUAAAAAUGGACGCAUAACACUUGUUAAAGUAUGGGAUUUGGAAGACUCGAGCACAACUUUACCAUCAUCAACAUCUUUGAUAAUAAGUUGUUCAGAUCCUGGCAGUCUUAGUUCAACAACAGCGAUAACGGUGAACGUACAAGACGUCAACGACCACACACCUGUUCUGUUAAUUGAUGCCGGUUUCAGUCAACCAAUAGCAAUAAGCCCUUCAACAAGUUUGUAUAUCGACCUUAUGACAUUUAGCGCGAGCGAUUUAGACCGAAGUGACAACAACGAUUUUGAAUUUGAGAUCAUGGGUGAAGGUGUUGGGGCUGAAUACUUUAGAAUGGUCAAAUCUGGUACUUCAACAGCAAAACUUAGACUGAAGAAAGCGCCUGACUUUACCAAUGAUAAAAUGUUUUCGAUAACAGUCAAAGUGUCCGACGGGGAAACAUUGCCAUUAUUUGAUGGCGAAACUAUCUCUGUGAAUUUCACGGCUGGAAAUCCUGACGCUAAUAAAUCGAAACCAAAAGCAAAAUGUGUGACCUGUACAAGUAAUGGCAGGGCAUUAUUAGCUGUACUCAUCAUCGAGGGCGUGGUCAUCGGACUGUUUGCUUUGCAUAUUGUUUACAAUUGUUGCAGUUUUAAAGGCGAUAUUGUCCAACAGAAACGCCAAAAUAUGAAGACUCCAAGUGAUAAACAAUUCUCCAGACCGUCAGAAACAGCGGGAGGCAGUGGACUAUCUGGGAGACGUGUAGGUUCAGCUGUUACGAUAAGCGCCAUAGAAAUGCAAGUACGCCAGACGAAUAAUGAAAGGAGAAGACGAAAUGACUCCAGUAGCAGUGAAUCAAGCAGUUCGUCAUCUGACAGCGACGAUAACCGGGUUAGACCUUUAGAUAUAAGACCCGAAACUGGUAAUAGCAGAUUUAAGCCGCCACAUUCAAGUAGCACAAUGAAACCAGAAACUCCAGGUCUUCCACCACCAAUGUAUACAUUUAGAGGUGGUAUUGUCAAUAAUACUUCUGAUGGAGGACUCGCCCCAGGGUUUAUUGUAUAGAAGUGUGUUUGCACUUCAUUAAUUGAAAACUGAGGUUUUUGGAGGGAUUUGAUAGCAAACCAGAGAG